GAAGAGGAAGAGAGGCUGAGCAUCCCUCUCCUGGUGUCAUUUAAAUGAGGAGCGUGGCUCUCUGCUUCUGACCGCCGCCGCCGCUUACAUCACGAACCUGUGACAGGCACAUCUCCACGCCCGGUACCUGCUCCCUGCUCCUCCAACAGCAGCUCCCGGUCCUAGGAGCCUCUUUGUAUGCGGCAGACAUGGCCAGCCAGCAGGAUUCCGGCUUCUUUGAAAUCAGUAUCAAAUAUUUACUGAAAUCCUGGAGUAACACUUCUCCAGUCGGCAACGGUUAUAUCAAGCCUCCGGUUCCGCCUGCUUCAGGUACACACAGGGAGAAAGGACCGCCGGCCAUGUUGCCCAUCAAUGUGGACCCAGACAGCAAGCCGGGAGAGUAUGUCCUCAAGAGUUUAUUUGUCAACUUUACCACUCAGGCAGAGCGUAAGAUCCGCAUCAUCAUGGCAGAGCCGCUGGAAAAGCCACUGACGAAGUCUCUGCAGCGUGGAGAAGACCCCCAGUUUGACCAGGUCAUCAGCUCCAUGAGCUCGCUCUCUGAGUACUGCCUGCCCUCCAUCCUGCGGACGCUGUUUGACUGGUACAAGAGGCAGAAUGGCAUCGAGGACGAAUCACACGAAUACAGACCGAGACCGAGCAAUAAGGCGAAAAGUGACGAACAACAGCGAGACUACUUAAUGGAGAGACGGGACCUCGCCAUUGAUUUCAUCUUCUCUUUAGUGCUAAUAGAAGUUUUGAAACAGAUCCCCCUUCAUCCUGUAAUAGACAGCUUAAUACACGAUAUUAUCAACUUGGCCUUCAAGCACUUUAAAUACAAAGAAGGGUACCUGGGUCCCAACACGGGCAAUAUGCACAUUGUGGCAGAUCUGUACGCAGAGGUCAUCGGUGUGCUGGCACAAGCCAGGUUCCCUGCCGUCAAGAAGAAGUUUAUGGCGGAGCUGAAAGAGCUCCGGCAUAAAGAGCAAAGCCCCUACGUGGUGCAAAGCGUGAUCAGUCUGAUAAUGGGAAUGAAGUUCUUCCGGAUUAAGAUGUACCCCGUGGAGGACUUCGAGGCGUCCCUCCAGUUUAUGCAGGAGUGUGCGCAUUACUUCCUGGAGGUCAAAGACAAAGACAUCAAACACGCCUUGGCCGGGCUCUUUGUAGAAAUCCUCGUCCCUGUGGCUGCUGCUGUCAAGAAUGAAGUCAACGUCCCGUGCCUCAGGAACUUUGUGGAGAGCCUCUACGAUACCACGUUGGAACUUUCCUCUCGGAAAAAGCAUUCCUUGGCCUUGUACCCGCUGGUGACCUGUCUGCUCUGCGUCAGUCAGAAGCAGCUGUUUCUGAACAGGUGGCACGUUUUCCUCAACAACUGCCUGUCCAACCUUAAGAAUAAAGACCCCAAAAUGGCUCGCGUUGCCUUGGAAUCUCUCUACAGAUUGCUGUGGGUUUACAUGAUACGCAUCAAAUGCGAGAGCAACACCGCGACUCAGAGCCGCCUCAUAACCAUCACCACCACGCUUUUCCCCAAAGGGUCCCGCGGCGUGGUGCCCAGGGACAUGCCACUGAACAUCUUCGUGAAGAUUAUCCAGUUCAUUGCCCAGGAACGUCUGGACUUUGCAAUGAAGGAAAUCAUUUUCGACUUUCUUUGUGUGGGAAAACCAGCAAAAGCAUUCAGUCUCAACCCAGAGAGAAUGAACAUCGGCUUACGGGCGUUCCUGGUGAUUGCGGACAGCUUACAACAGAAAGACGGUGAACCGCCCAUGCCCGUCACAGGAGCUGUGCUCCCGUCUGGAAACACCCUGAGAGUAAAGAAAACGUAUUUGAGUAAAACAUUAACUGAAGAGGAAGCCAAAAUGAUAGGAAUGUCCUUGUAUUACUCUCAAGUCCGCAAGGCCGUAGGCAACAUCUUGCGGCACCUUGAUAAAGAAGUGGGACGAUGUAUGAUGCUGACCAACGUCCAGAUGUUAAACAAAGAGCCAGAGGACAUGAUCACGGGUGAGAGGAAGCCAAAGAUUGACCUCUUCAGGACCUGUGUUGCGGCCAUUCCUCGUCUGCUGCCCGAUGGGAUGUCCAAACUGGAACUUAUCGACUUGCUGGCCAGGCUCUCAAUUCACAUGGACGACGAGCUGCGGCACAUCGCACAGAACUCUCUUCAGGGGCUGCUGGUCGACUUCUCGGACUGGAGGGAGGACGUGCUGUUCGCCUUCACUAACUUCCUGCUCCGAGAAGUGAGCGACAUGCAUCACACGCUUCUGGACUCCUCCCUGAAGCUGCUUCUGCAGUUGCUCACCCAGUGGAAGCUGGUCAUACAAACCCAGGGGAGAGGCUACGAACAAGCCAGCAAAAUCAGGAACUCAGAGCUCAUCCCCAAUGGCUCCAGCCACCGGAUGCAGAUGGAACGCGGCCCCCACUGCAGUGUCCUCCAUGCUGUCGAAGGUUUUGCUCUCGUCUUGCUCUGUAGCUUCCAGGUGGCCACACGCAAACUGUCCGUGUUGAUCCUCAAGGAGAUCCGAGCUCUCUUCCUUGCCCUGGGUCAGCCUGAGGACGACGACAGGCCGAUGAUUGAUGUCAUGGAUCAGCUCAGUUCCUCCAUCCUUGAGAGCUUCAUUCAUGUGGCAGCUUCGGAUUCUGCCACAUUACCACUGACCCACAGUGUGGACCUGCAGUGGCUGGUAGAAUGGAACGCAGUUCUGGUCAACAGCCAUUACGACGUGAAGAGCCCUUCCCAUGUCUGGAUCUUUGCACAGUCUGUCAAAGACCCCUGGGUCCUCUGCCUCUUCAGCUUCCUCCGGCAGGAAAACUUGCCGAAGCAUUGCCCGACGGCCCUCAGCUAUGCCUGGCCCUAUGCCUUCACCCGGCUGCAGUCCGUGAUGCCUCUGGUAGACCCAAACAGUCCAGUCAAUGCCAAGAAAACCAGCACUGCAGGUAGCGGAGACAACUAUGUUACCUUGUGGAGAAAUUACCUCAUCCUCUGCUUUGGAGUUGCCAAACCCAGUAUUAUGAGCCCAGGGCACUUACGAGCGUCCACUCCAGAGAUAAUGGCCACAACCCCUGAUGGUACAGUGAGCUACGAUAACAAGGCUGUCGGCACACCAUCGGUGGGCGUUGUGCUGAAGCAGUUGGUGCCGCUGAUGAGGCUGGAAAGCAUCGAGAUCACAGAGUCCCUCGUCUUAGGAUUUGGAAGAACAAAUUCCCUUGUUUUCCGAGAGCUGGUUGAAGAACUCCAUCCAUUGAUGAAGGAGGCUCUAGAGAGAAGACCAGAGAACAAGAAGCGUCGAGAACGGAGAGACUUGCUGAGACUCCAGCUGCUUCGGAUAUUUGAGCUUCUGGCGGAUGCCGGGGUGAUAAGUGACAGCACAAAUGGAGCUUUGGAACGGGACACGUUAGCCCUUGGAGCUUUGUUCUUGGAGUACGUGGACUUGACCCGCAUGCUCUUAGAAGCUGAAAAUGACAAAGAAGUUGAAAUUCUUAAGGACAUCCGAGCACACUUCAGUGCCAUGGUUGCCAAUCUGAUUCAGUGUGUUCCAGUUCAUCACAGAAGAUUUCUGUUCCCCCAGCAAAGCCUGAGGCAUCACCUCUUCAUCUUGUUCAGCCAGUGGGCGGGCCCCUUCAGCAUCAUGUUCACACCUCUGGACCGCUACAGUGACAGGAACCACCAGAUAACAAGAUACCAGUACUGUGCUUUAAAGGCAAUGUCAGCAGUGCUGUGCUGUGGCCCCGUGUUUGACAAUGUUGGCCUCUCUCCAGAUGGCUAUCUGUAUAAGUGGCUUGACAACAUUCUGGCUUGUCAAGAUUUACGAGUCCAUCAGCUGGGCUGUGAGGUGGUCAUGUUGCUACUGGAAUUGAAUCCUGAGCAAGUGAACCUGUUUAACUGGGCCAUCGACCGCUGUUACACAGGCUCCUACCAGCUUGCGUCCGGCUGCUUCAAAGCCAUAGCGACCGUGUGUGGAAACAGGAACUAUCCCUUCGACCUAGUGACGCUGCUCAACCUUGUUCUCUUCAAGGCCUCUGACACCAACAGAGAGAUUUACGAAGUGUCCAUGCAGCUCAUGCAGAUCCUUGAAGCAAAGCUUUUUGUGCACUCCAAGAAAGUUGCCGAACAAAGACCUGGCAGUAUUCUGUAUGGAACGCACGGACCGUUACCACCCCUCUACAGUGUGUCACUAGCCCUCCUGUCCCGUGAACUGGCCCGGAUGUACCCUGAGCUCACCCUCCCCCUCUUCUCAGAGGUAAGCCAGAGAUUCCCUACCACACACCCAAAUGGACGUCAGAUCAUGCUCACCUACCUGUUACCAUGGCUACACAACAUUGAGCUGGUGGACAGCAGACUCCUCCUCCCGGGGUCCAGCCCCAGCAGCCCUGAGGAUGAGGUCAAGGACAGAGAAGGGGAAGCCACCACCUCUCACGGGCUGAAAGGGAAUGGCUGGGGCUCUCCGGAAGCCACCUCUCUGGUCCUGAAUAACCUCAUGUACAUGACAGCCAAGUAUGGAGAUGAAGUCCCAGGACCGGAAAUGGAAAACGCGUGGAACGCGCUGGCCAACAACGAGAAGUGGGGCAACAACCUGAGGAUCACUCUGCAGUUCCUCAUCAGCCUGUGUGGGGUCAGCAGCGACACCGUCCUCCUGCCCUAUAUUAAAAAGGUGGCGAUAUACCUGUGCCGGAACAACACCAUUCAAACGAUGGAAGAGCUUCUCUUUGAGCUGCAGCAGACGGAGCCCGUGAACCCCAUCGUCCAGCACUGUGACAACCCCCCCUUCUACCGCCUCACAGCCAGCAGCAAGGCCUCGGCAGCCGCCUCUGGAACCACCUCCAGCAGUAACACUGUAGUCGCCGGUCAGGACAGUUUCCCGGACCCCGAGGAGAGCAAGAUACUGAAAGAAUCUGAUGACAGGUUUAGCAACGUGAUCCGAGCCCACACUCGCCUGGAGUCAAGAUACAGCAACAGCUCUGGAGGGUCGUAUGACGAGGACAAAAAUGAUCCGAUCUCGCCCUACACGGGCUGGUUGUUAACUAUUACGGAGGCCAAGCAGCCACAGCCCUUACCCAUGCCGUGCACUGGAGGAUGCUGGGCCCCCUUAGUCGACUACCUCCCAGAGACCGUCACUCCGCGGGGGCCACUGCACAGGUGUAAUAUUGCGGUGAUCUUUAUGACGGAGAUGGUGGUGGAUCACAGUGUGCGAGAAGACUGGGCCCUUCAUCUUCCUCUGUUGCUUCACGCCGUCUUCUUAGGUCUGGACCACUAUCGGCCUGAGGUCUUCGAGCACAGCAAAAAGUUGCUCCUUCACCUCCUCAUCGCCCUCUCCUGCAACAGCAACUUUCAUGCCAUUGCCUCCGUACUCCUGCAGACCCGAGAGAUGGGGGAAGCCAAGACCCUCACCAUGCAGCCAGCUUAUCAGCCAGAAUAUCUGUACACAGGCGGCUUUGACUUCCUGAGGGAGGAGGAGUCGUCCCCAGUGCCGGACUCCGGCCUGAGCUCCAGUUCCACAUCCUCCAGCAUCAGUCUGGGCGGCAGCAGUGGGAACCUCCCCCAGAUGACGCAGGAGGUGGAAGAUGUGGAUGCUGCUGCUGAAACGGAUGAGAAAGCAAACAAGCUCAUCGAGUUCCUGACAACUAGGGCAUUUGGGCCUCUUUGGUGCCAUGAAGACAUCACACCCAAAAACCAGAACUCAAAGAGCGCCGAGCAGCUCUCUAACUUCCUGCGUCACGUUGUAUCAGUGUUUAAAGACUCCAAAUCAGGUUUCCAUCUGGAACAGCACUUGAGUGAGGUUGCACUACAGACUGCCCUGGCGAGCUCUUCCAGGCACUAUGCAGGCCGAUCCUUCCAGAUCUUCCGGGCCCUCAAACAACCACUGUCAGCACAUGCGCUGUCUGAUCUUCUGUCCAGACUGGUCGAAGUGAUCGGAGAGCACGGUGACGAGAUUCAGGGAUAUGUGAUGGAAGCGCUCCUGACCCUGGAAGCCGCUGUGGACAACUUGUCGGACUGCUUGAAGAACAGUGACCUCUUUACAGUGCUAUCCCGUUCUUCGUCACCGGAUCUCAGCUCCAGCAGUAAACUGACAGCAAGCAGGAAGAGCACCGGGCAGCUGAAUGUCAACCCUGGGACCCCCGCGGGCAACCCCACGACUGCAGAACGGAGCCGGCACCAAAGAAGCUUCUCGGUGCCCAAGAAGUUUGGUGUUGUUGACCGAUCCUCCGACCCACCUCGAAGUGCCACACUGGACAGGAUUCAAGCUUGUACCCAACAGGGCCUUUCCUCAAAAACCAGAAGCACUUCCUCCUUGAAGGAGAGUCUCACGGACCCGUCCCACGUAAACCACCCCACAAACCUAUUGGCCACCAUCUUCUGGGUCACAGUGGCCCUGAUGGAGUCUGACUUUGAGUUUGAAUACCUGAUGGCGUUAAGGCUUUUGAACCGACUGCUGGCGCAUAUGCCGCUGGAUAAAGCCGAGAACCGCGAAAAGCUUGAGAAACUCCAGGCGCAGCUCAAGUGGGCUGACUUCUCGGGGUUACAGCAGCUGCUGCUGAAGGGGUUCACCUCCCUCACCACCACAGACCUAACCCUGCAGCUUUUCAGCUUGCUGACACCAGUGUCCAAAGUGCCCAUGGUGGACUCAUCUCAAGCGAUUGGAUUUCCACUGAAUGUCUUGUGUCUCCUGCCCCAGCUGAUCCAGCAGUUUGAAAAUCCCAGUCAGUUCUGUAAGGAUGUAGCCGAGAGGAUCGCUCAGGUUUGCUUGGAAGAAAAAAAUCCUAAACUUUCCAAUCUGGCUCACGUUAUGACCCUGUACAAAACGCACAGCUACACCAGGGACUGUGCCACGUGGGUCAAUGUGGUCUGCCGCUACCUUCACGAAGCCUACGCCGACAUCACCCUGAACAUGGUCACCUACCUGGCAGAGUUACUGGAGAAAGGCCUCCCGAGCAUGCAGCAGCCGCUCCUCCAAGUGAUCCACAGUCUGCUCAGCUACAUGGAUCUCUCUGGCGUUCCUGUCAAGCAGUUCAACAUGGAAGUCCUGAAAACCAUUGAAAAAUACGUGCAGAGCAUCCAUUGGAGGGAGGCACUGAACAUCCUGAAGCUGGUCGUUUCUCGAUCGGCCAGCCUGGUCUUGCCUUCCUACCAACACAGCGACCUCUCCAAGAUAGAGCUCCACCGCGUGUGGACCAGUGCCUCCAAGGAGCUACCGGGCAAGACUCUGGAUUUCCACUUCGACAUCUCAGAGACUCCAAUCAUCGGGAGACGGUACGAUGAACUACAGAACUCUUCUGGGCGGGACGGGAAGCCAAGGACCAUGGCCGUCACUCGAAGUGCAUCGUCCACUUCCUCCGGCUCUAACUCCAAUGUCCUUGUUCCUGUGAGCUGGAAGAGACCCCAGUAUUCUCAGAAACGAACAAAAGAGAAAUUGGUGCAUGUUCUUUCUCUGUGUGGCCAAGAAGUCGGACUAAGCAAAAACCCAUCUGUGAUUUUCUCCUCGUGUGGGGACCUGGACCUGCCGGAGCAUCAGACAGGCCUGGUGGCGUCCGAGGACGGCACCCGGGAGCAGGACAACAUGGACGACACCAACAGCGAGCAGCAGUUCAGGGUUUUCAGGGACUUCGAUUUCCUGGAUGUGGAGCUGGAGGACGGAGAGGGGGAGAGCAUGGACAACUUCAACUGGGGAGUACGCAGGCGCUCCCUGGACAGCCUGGACAAGUGCGACAUGCAGAUCCUGGAGGAGCGCCAACUGUCAAGGAGUACUCCCAGCCUGAAUAAAAUGAGCCACGAGGAUUCCGAUGAGUCAUCCGAGGAGGAGGACCUCACAGCCAGCCAGAUCCUGGAGCAUUCAGACCUCAUCAUGAAUCUCUCCCCCUCCGAGGAGGCCAACCCUAUGGAACUGCUCGGCACUGCCUGUGACCCCACGCCCACCGAGCCCCAUUCCUUCAGCUCUAGAAUGGUGGGCUUUGGGGCUUCCUUGCCUGAUGUAAAUAACCUGCAGAUUUCAGAGGGGUCAAAGGCCGAAGCAGUCCCCGAAGAGGAGGACACCACUGUGCACGAAGAUGAUCUUUCGAGUUCCAUCAAUGAGCUCCCAGCAGCUUUUGAAUGCAGCGACAGCCUCAGCCUGGAUAUGACUGAGGCAGAGGAGAAAGGCAACCGGGGCCUAGACCAGUACACUCUUGCAAGCUUUGGAGAAGGCGACAGGGGUGUGUCUCCCCCUCCCUCGCCCUUUUUCUCAGCCAUCCUUGCUGCCUUUCAACCCGCCACCUGUGACGACGCUGAGGAGGCCUGGCGCAGCCACAUUAACCAGCUCAUGUGUGACUCGGACGGCUCCUGUGCUGUGUACACAUUUCACGUGUUCUCCUCUCUGUUUAAGAAUAUUCAAAAGAGGUUCUGCUUCCUAACCUGCGAUGCCGCCAGCUACCUUGGAGAUAACCUCCGGGGAAUCGGGUCCAAAUUUGUCAGCUCAUCCCAGAUGCUAACCUCCUGCUCUGAGUGCCCUACUCUGUUUGUGGACGCUGAGACUCUCCUUUCCUGUGGGCUCCUGGACAAACUGAAGUUCAGUGUGUUGGAACUGCAAGAGUAUUUGGACACAUACAACAACAGGAAAGAAGCCGCCCUCUCGUGGCUUGCCAACUGUAAGGCAACAUUUGCCGGCGGCUCGAGAGACGGCGUGAUCACCUGCCAGCCGGGGGACUCGGAAGAGAAGCAACUGGAGCUGUGUCAGCGGCUGUACAAGCUGCAUUUCCAGCUGCUCCUGCUGUAUCAGUCUUACUGCAAGCUCAUCGGCCAGGUGCAUGAAGUGAGCUCCGUGCCAGAGCUGCUGAACAUGUCCAGGGAACUGACUGACCUGAAGAGGAACCUGAGAGAGGCUACGGCGGCCAUUGCCACGGACCCACUGCACAUCGAGGGGCCAUGGUCGGAGCCAGCCUUCACGUCGACUGAGGCAGCCAUCCAGUCCGUGCUGGACUGCCUGAAGAAUAACGAGCUCGGCAAGGCGCUGCGGCAGAUCAAGGAGUGCAGAAGCCUGUGGCCCAAUGACAUCUUUGGAAGCAGCUCCGACGACGAGGUCCAGACACUCCUGAAUAUUUAUUUCCGUCACCAAACUCUGGGACAGACGGGUACUUAUGCCCUGGUGGGGUCCAACCACAGCCUGACUGAAAUCUGCACCAAACUAAUGGAACUGAACAUGGAGAUCCGGGACAUGAUCCGCAGAGCCCAGAGCUACCGGGUCCUCACCGCUUUUCUCCCAGACUCCAGCGUUUCUGGCACUAGUCUCUGACAGGAGCCUCCCGUCCCCCAUGGUUCCCAAGCUCGCAGUGCUGCCAUGCUGGGGCGACGUCAUUCGCUGUCUUCUCAGCCUUCGCAAGGCUUGGGCAGAGUGUUCUCCCUCUUGUUACCUGUAGGACUUUUUCUAAAGAAGAUGACUCAACUUCCAAUGUGUAGCAAUACUGUCCAAACUGAGGCAGCAUAGGGACCUUCUGAGACAGACGACCCAUCAUGCCGUGUGGCUGUCCUUCACUGAGCAAAUGCAACCCACUACUGAAGAAAUGACUUCUGUUGCAUUACCAAAGCUGACCGCACUGAACAAUACCACCCUUUCUAGAAAUAGUUUUAGAUUGGCAAAAGUGCAAUGUUUUUCUUCACAUGGAAAAAAAUUUAUAUUCUAAAACUUGUACAUUCGUUCCCUUUCUUUCACCUAUUUUUCUUCCCUUUUUUUUUUUUUUUUUUUUUUUUU